AUGAAGUACUUAGCUGCUUAUUUGAUGUUGAACGCUGCCGGUUCUGCUCCAUCUGCCGACAAAGUCUCUGAAGUUUUGAAGUCUGUCGGUAUCGAAGUUGAAGAUGACAAAGUCUCUGCUUUGAUGACUGCUUUGGAAGGUAAGUCUGUUGAAGAAUUGAUUGCUGAAGGUAUUGAAAAGAUGGCUUCUGUUCCAGCUGCUGGUCCAGCUUCUGCUGGUGGUGCCGCUGCUUCUGGUGCUGCUUCCGGUGCUGCUGCUGAAGAAGAAGCUGCUGCUGAAGAAUCCGAAGAAGAUGAUGAUAUGGGUUUCGGUUUAUUCGAUUAG